GUCGGGGGAGUCGCGGAGCUCCCUUUGAGCCGGCGGAGUCCCCGCUGUACUAUGCGUGUGUCUUGUGUUACAGCCAUGCUGCACAUCGGCGGCCAGAGCGAGGGGCGCGGGGAGGAAAAGGCUGUUUACACAGACUGCAAACCGCCCGGGGAAUAGUGCGGGAGAGGAAGUGAGCCGGGCCGCUGUCUGACUGCCCCGGCUUCCUGCUCGCUCCCUCUCACGGGCAGGCGCUCACACACACACACACACACACACACCGGCCCGAGGGGAAAAAAAAAAAAAAGGAAAAAGGGAAAACAAAAUCAGGAUCUCAUUACUAGAGCAACAGAGAGCCUGCAGAAGACUGUCAGCAUGGAGAAUCAGGGAAUUUUACUCGGCUCCCUCUAGACUACCAGGAGAGAGCGGAAAAGUCCCUCAGCCGCUGGGUAUGGAGAGUGCAAUCACUCUGUGGCAGUUCCUUUUGCAGUUGCUGCUAGACCAGAAACACGAGCACCUCAUUUGCUGGACGUCUAAUGAUGGCGAAUUCAAGCUGCUCAAGGCAGAAGAAGUGGCUAAGCUGUGGGGACUCAGAAAAAACAAAACUAAUAUGAAUUAUGACAAGCUGAGCCGGGCGCUCAGAUACUAUUAUGACAAGAACAUCAUCAAGAAAGUGAUCGGACAAAAAUUUGUAUACAAGUUUGUCUCUUUUCCUGAGAUUUUAAAAAUGGAUCCUCAUGCUGUGGAAAUCAGCAGAGAGAGCCUUUUGCUGCAGGACAGCGACUGUAAGAUGCCUUCGGAGGGCAGGGAUCAGCACAAGCACAGCUUGUCAGCACUGAAAAGCACAAGCCGUAAUGAAUAUAUCCACUCUGGCCUGUACUCCUCUUUCACUAUCAACUCUCUGCAGAACCAGCCAGACCCUUACAAGACCAUCAAAACAGAAAAACUGGAGAAGUCAGAAGGAAACACACCAGUUGAAGAAGUCCGAACUGUUAUCAGAUUUGUGACAAACAAAACAGACAAACAAGUUACAAGGCCCGUGGUGUCGUUGCCUUCUACUUCUGAAACAGCAGCUGCCUCUGCUUUCCUCAACUCUUCAGUAUCAGCUAAAAUAUCUUCCUUAAUGCUACCCAACAGUGCCAGCAUUUCAUCUCCAUCAUCAUCCUCCUCCAGAUCACCGUCUCUGUCUCCCACCUCACCCCUCCCUACAGAACACAAGAGCUUCUUCCUUGACUCCAGUUGCCACGACUCAGAUUCUCUUGAGCCUCUGAACCUCUCCUCAGGCUCCAAGGCCAAAUCCCCAUCUCUUCCCCCAAAGGCUAAAAAACCCAAAGGCUUGGAAAUCUCUGCCCCACCUAUGAUUCUCUCCAGCACUGACAUCGGUUCCAUCGCCCUCAACAGCCCCGCGCUUCCUUCGGGAUCCCUGACUCCAGCUUUCUUCACUGCACAGACCCCCAAUGGAUUAUUGCUGACCCCCAGCCCGCUGCUGUCCAGCAUUCACUUCUGGAGCAGCCUCAGUCCUGUUGCUCCUCUGAGUCCUGCCAGGCUGCAGGGACCAAACAGUCUGUUCCAGUUUCCUACUCUGCUAAAUGGUCACAUACCAGUGCCACUCCCCAGUCUGGACAGAUCCUCUUCACCAAUACUGCUUUCUCCAAAUGCUCAGAAAUCCUGAUGAUGCCUCAUCACACCAAGGAUGUAUUGGUGGAUUUAACACUUCAUUCCUAUGGGCUAGUUUUUCCUGUGUCAUGAGAAGGACAUUGUGAAACCCUUUAUUACUUUGGUUUGCACUUUUCAUUACAUGGAUAAUCUACUUUUAUUAUGUUAGCAUUUUUCAACAGUGUUUAUAUAUAAAAGUAUAUAUAAAUCUGUUAUGCAUUAAAUGAAUUAUAAUUUUUUUAUAUCAUAGCUCUCAAGUGUUGAACACUUCUGUUGUUGAUGAAGUACUUUUCUUAAUGGAUUGCAACAAUGUAUCUAUUAGGGAUGUGAAGCUUCUUUUUAAUCCCUUUUUCUGCAUAUUAUGCAUUGCGCUUGUGUAAACUAUAACCGGCUGUGCCUUCUUUUGCAUAAAGUCAUGUAAAUGAUUUAUAUAUUUUCUAGUAUUAAGAUAAAAAGUUGAAAGAAAAAACUAGUAUUGAACAGCCCUAUGGUAGUAUUUCAGUAUUUUCUCCACAGAUAGGCCAUAUGAUGCAGUGUAUUAAUGUAACUUUAUAUUAAGUGCUUUCAAAUUGUAUAAAAAUAGCCUUAUAAUUUUCCUUUGCUGAAGUGGAAAACAUAAUCCUUGUUACAGCCAGGAGAUGUAGUUCAGAGUAACAAAGCCACAUUUACACUUUUAUGCCCAAGUUCUUCUGUCAAGUUGCAACAAGGAUGAACUGGGCUGUGUAUGUUCAUGAGAUGUUUCCAGCAUUUGAGAGUACUUCUGUAGAAAAGGAGACAUUGCUCAGAAUUUAUUUGGCCUAUACUUCUUAUGAACUGUCAACAUUAUGUCUGGAAAGGGCGCAGGUAAUCUUUGUCCUCCCAAGGAACGAGGAUCAUUCCCGAUAAUUUCCAGGUGCUUUGUUCAGCUGUGCCAAGUGCCUUCUACUACUUCCCUGGAAAGACUAUUGUAGCUACUUAAGCUCUGAAGGUCACAUUUCCCCUUCCCCCAAAGCUGGAAAAGUUACAGAUCUGUAAAUUGAUGCCUGGUGCUUGCAAAGAGGCAGAGACUCUGCAUGUGGGAUGUUUAUGUAUAAACAGCUGAAUUCUGGAUGAAAAAACAGCACUGUGUUACUAUAUACUUGCAACUUGAAUUUACUGGGUAUGUCCUCUACCUUGAGGGGAUGGUUUAGCCAUCUAAAUGUCAGGUUAGGAUUAGGCCAGACUCCCUGGCACCACAGACUCUAAUCCUGGCAGGGCUGAUGCAAAUGUUCAGUUUCCUGAUGUGGCUAAAUUGGCUUGAAUGCAGCUUUACCGUGUCGGUUUUUCAGAUGAGACCUUAAAAGCCAACCCCAAAUCCGAUCCCUGUUUGUGACAGGUCAUUCAAACCUCAACUUUGCUUUCUGGCCAAGCAGCUGGCCACGGUCUGUUCUUUUUGAAAUGUAUGCAGUGAGUUGUCUGCUGAUUUUCUGCUUGGAUGCAUUUCAGUGAUGAUGUGUGUAGUUAUUUGUAAAGUGCUUUUGGAUCCUUCAACCUUAAAGGUGCUAAAUAAACAUUUUAUUAAUGCA